GUUCUUUCGAUUUAUGAUAGAUAUGUACAAUUAGAAUAAACAAUAGACGUCGAACAAUAUUAAUUAAAUUCUCCUCAUAAAAUGAUGCCAAUAGUUUCUGUCAUAGGAAUCACUGAUUUAUCUGCUGAAAAUCUUGUUAAAGGAAUUUUGCGAUGUGAUCAAUUACCACUGAGGACUACUUUAGGAAAUAAUAUCACAGGGUAUAAAUGGAAAAUUGACACCAAAUAUUACAAUGCUGAAGCUUAUAUAUGUCCUGUCGAAGUUAAUGAUAAUAUGCCUAAUGAUAUACUGCAAAUGGUUGAAGCUCUUGUAAUAUAUUUCGAUGCAGAACAAGAAGAUGCAAUAUCCUGCCUUCAAUCAAUUGAAGAAAAGAUUAAGCAGUACCAAGCUGAAAUUUUGCUCUUAGUAUGCAACUCAUGCAGUUCGAAUGUGUCAAGUAAAACAAGAGAGUCAGCACUAAAUUGGUGUCUUAAGCAUCAUUUCGAGCUCAUUGAAUUAAAUCCCAUAGAAACGAGUAAGCCGACUCAUGAAGAAGAUUUAGAAGAUGAUGAAAUCAUUCCAGAAAAAAUUGGAAUUGAUAGGGUCAUUGAAGCAUUGCAUACACAUCAUUGGGUUAAUGCUACUAUGAAAGGUGAUCCCAAUACUGAAGACACAUCAGAUGAUUUCUCAGAAUUAUUUUCACAAUUAUUGUCUAUGAAAGAGAGUGUAAGAUCUCUACCACUUAAUGAAAGAAAAGCACAUGCAGAACAAGUUGUUGCAGCAUUUUGGAGAGCUAUCGGAGGUGAUGAGGAAGAACUUGGUGAAAUUACUGAAUAG